AAAUAAAGACCAUCCCAGUGAGCGAAGCAAGCAAGCAGCCCUUGAGAGAGUGUGUGUGUUCGCGCGCAGACCGAGCAUGGUUAGCGGUAAUUUGGGCUUCUGCACAUGAUGACCUUCCUCAUCAUCUUCCUCGCUGAGCAUGGCGGAGUCAGAUGGUGUGGAGUUCUUUGCGAAUCGAGCUCAAAGCAGCAUGGCUGACAACAAGAAUAGCGUGCUUCGUUGUACUUUCUCAGCCCCCAGCCACAGCAGCACUCUCCUGAGGGGCUUGUCUGCAUUGCGUGAUCAAGGUCAGUUGCUGGAUGUGGUUCUGGCCAUUGACAACGAGCGCUUCGAGGUUCACAAAGCGGUUUUAGCCUCCUGCAGUGACUACUUCAGAGCCAUGUUCACUGGUGGAAUGAAGGAGUCGAACCAGAACACCAUAGAGCUAAUAGGUCUUUCGGCUAGAGGACUGAAGCACAUCAUUGAUUUCGCCUACAGUUCUGAAGUCACCCUGGACUUGGACUGCAUACAGGAUGUUCUCGGUGCAGCUGUCUUUCUGCAGAUGGUGCCUGUGGUGGAGCUUUGUGAGGAAUUUCUCAAAUCUGCCAUGAGUGUCGAGACUUGUUUAAACAUCGGGCAAAUGGCCACCACUUUCAGUCUCUCAUCUCUCAAACAGUCAGUCGAUGCGUACACGUUCCGUCACUUUCUGCAAAUCGCUCAGGAGGACGACUUCCUUCACAUUCCAAUGGAACGACUGACUUUCUUUCUUCAGAGCAACAAGUUAAAGAACUGUAGCGAGAUUGACUUGUUCCAUGCGGCAAUCCGCUGGCUACAGCAUGAUGCUUCAAGACGAACUGUGGCCAGCGAAGUGCUCUGCCAUGUGCGCUUCCCAUUGAUGCGAUCGUCCGAGCUUGUGGACAGUGUCCAAAUUGUCGACAUCAUGGUGGAAGAUGUACAAUGUCGACACUUUCUCCUAGAGGCCUUCAAUUAUCAGAUACUUCCAUUCCGACAACAUGAAAUGCAAUCACCGCGAACUUCCAUUCGCUCAGACAUCACAUCGCUAAUUACUUUCGGCGGGACACCUUACACGGACAACGACCGUACAGUCAGCAGCAAAGUUUAUUUUCUUCCCGACAUCACAGUUCGACAAUUCAAAGAGUUGACCGAAAUGGAGAUGGGAUGCAGCCAUGCCUGCGUAUCGGUUCUUGACAAUUUUGUGUAUGUGGUGGGUGGGCAGCAUUUGCAGUAUCGUAGUGGAGAAGGUGCAGUUGACAUCUGCUUCCGCUACGACCCGCAUCUAAACCAAUGGCUUCGGAUUCAACCCAUGCAGGAGAGCCGCAUUCAGUUUCAACUCAACGUACUUGAUGGUCAACUUUACGCUACUGGGGGGCGCAACAGGUCUGGCAGCUUAUCAUCUGUUGAAUGCUAUUGUCCAAAGAAGAAUGAAUGGACUAAUGUGGACUCCCUAAAGAGGAGGAUCUGGGGUCACGCCGGAGCCACCUGCGGAGACAAGCUUUACAUCUCUGGAGGUUAUGGAGUGUCUGUGGAAGAUAAGAAGACUCUCCAUUGCUAUGAUUCAGCCUUGGAUCAGUGGGAUUUCAAGUGUCCCAUGAAUGAACCUAGAGUUCUGCAUGCUAUGAUCAGCGCUAACAAUCGUAUUUACGCUCUCGGUGGCAGAAUGGAUCAUGUAGACCGUUGCUUUGAUGUUCUUGCUGUAGAGUAUUACAUUCCAGAGACAGACCAAUGGACAACUGUCAGUCCGAUGCGUGCUGGUCAGUCAGAGGCUGGCUGCUGUUUGCUGGACAAAAAGAUCUAUAUCGUUGGAGGAUACAACUGGCAUCUUAAUAACGUCACAAGUAUUGUGCAGGUUUAUAAUACUGAGACGGAUGAGUGGGAAAGAGAUCUUCAUUUUCCAGAAUCUUUUGCAGGAAUAGCUUGUACGCCCAUAAUACUACCCCAAACAACCACUCAGCGCUGAGCACAAAAUCUUUCACGAUUGCUGUUUUAAGCUCAAGUUACAAGUGCCCACCUGGACAGCAUAAGUAAUGGAAUAAAUGUCUAUUCAUCAUUAAAAAAUAGACAGCGUAAUGUCUUCA